CAGCUCAGUCAGCGCCUGCUGCCUCAGCGAACGCAGCCACGGAAAGCUGUCAGAAACAGGAUUAUCGGAGCCGCUGACGGCUGGAUCUCAGCACUUGGUCCGGCGCGGAGGACGGACACAGUCAUGCUGGCUCUUCUGGGUCGGAGAAAGCUGAUCGUCUGAGCUGAGUGCAGCACGACCGAGGUGCUCUGUAAUUGGUGUCAAUCAUGUCGGAUAAGAUGUCCAGCUUUUUGCAUAUUGGGGAUAUUUGCUCCCUGUAUGCAGAGGGAUCCACCAAUGGCUUCAUCAGUACUCUGGGCUUGGUGGAUGACCGCUGCGUUGUCCAGCCUGAUGCCGGGGACCUCAAUAAUCCUCCAAAGAAGUUCAGAGACUGUCUGUUUAAACUUUGCCCCAUGAACCGCUACUCAGCCCAGAAGCAGUUCUGGAAAGCAGCGAAGCCAGGGGGGAACACAGAUACAGUGCUGCUCAACAAGCUCCAUCAUGCAGCUGACUUGGAGAAGAAGCAAAAUGACUCUGAAAACAAAAAACUCCUAGGAACUGUGAUACAGUAUGGACACGUCAUUCAGCUGCUUCACCUGAAGAGCAACAAAUACCUGACGGUGAACAAACGGCUGCCAGCGCUGCUGGAGAAAAACGCCAUGAGGGUGAUGUUGGAUACUGCAGGAAAUGAAGGCUCCUGGUUCUACAUUCAGCCUUUCUACAAACUCCGCGCUAUUGGGGACAGCGUAGUGAUCGGGGAUAAAGUGGUCCUGAACCCAGUCAACGCCGGUCAGCCGCUGCAUGCUAGCACACAUCAACUUGUGGAUAACCCAGGAUGCAAUGAGGUGAACUCUGUAAAUUGCAGCACCAGCUGGAAGAUUGUCCUGUUUAUGAAAGGGAGCGACAACCAGGAGCGUGUCCUGAAAGGAGGUGAUGUUGUACGGUUGUUCCAUGCAGAGCAGGAGAAGUUCCUCACAUGUGACGAUCACAGAAAAAAGCAAUACGUUUUCCUUCGCACUACUGGGCGGCAGUCGGCUACCUCGGCCACCAGCAGCAAAGCCCUCUGGGAGAUUGAGGUCGUGCAGCAUGAUCCAUGUCGAAGUGGCGCUGGCUACUGGAACAGCCUGUUCAGGUUCAAACACCUGGCCACAGGACACUACUUGGCUGCAGAGGUAAACCCAGAGUAUGAAGAGGAGGGCCUCGAUUUCCGCUCUCCGCUGGACUCAGAGCAAGACCCCUUGAGAGCCCGCUUGAAAAUUGUCCAAGAUAAAGUCUUGUACACACUCAUUUCGGUUCCUGAUGGAAACGACAUCUCCUCCAUAUUCGAGUUGGACCCAACCACCUUAAGAGGAGGGGACUCUCUGGUACCCAGAAACUCAUAUGUGCGCCUCCGACACCUCUGCACCAACACUUGGGUUCACAGCACUAACCAGCCAAUAGACAAGGAAGAAGAAAAGCCUGUCAUGCUGCGAAUUGGCACAUCUGCAUAUAAAGAGGAUAAAGAGGCUUUCGCCAUCGUGCCCGUCUCCCCGGCUGAAGUGAGGGACCUUGAUUUUGCCAAUGAUGCCAGUAAAGUCCUGGCCUCUAUUGCAGGAAAGCUGGAAAAAGGCACCAUCACACAAAACGAGAGGAGGGCGGUUACAAAACUCCUGGAGGAUUUGGUGUUUUUUGUGGUGGACAUUCCCAACAACGGACAGGAUGUUCUGGAAAUUAUGGUGAACAAACCCAAUAGGGAGCGACAGAAACUCAUGAGAGAACAGAAUAUUCUCAAACAGAUCUUCAAGCUGCUGCAGGCACCUUUCACAGACAGCGGGGAUGGGCCCAUGCUGCGACUGGAGGAGCUGGCGGACCAGCGUCAUGCCCCCUUCAGACAUAUCUGCCGCUUGUGUUACAGGGUCCUGCGUCACUCUCAACAGGAUUAUCGCAAGAAUCAGGAAUACAUCGCCAAACAGUUUCGCUUCAUGCAGAAACAGAUCGGCUAUGAUGUGCUGGCCGAGGACACCAUCACAGCUUUGCUCCAUAACAACCGCAAGUUGCUGGAGAAGCACAUUACUGCUGCAGAGAUUGACACGUUUGUGAGCUUAGUCCGCAAAAACCGGGAGCCCAGGUUCUUGGACUAUCUGUCAGACCUGUGUGUGUCGAUGAACAAGUCUAUCCCUGUGACACAGGAGCUCAUCUGUACUGCAGUGUUGGAUCCAGCCAAUGCAGACAUCCUCAUAGAAACAAAACUGGUGCUCUCAAGGUUUGAGAUUGAGGGAUCGCAGCUGGGGGAGAACUCUGUGGAGGUAGAGGAGGAUGAAGAGGAAGUCUGGUUGUUCUGGAACAACAGCGACAAAGAGUCGCGCAGUAAAAGCGUCAGGGAGAUGGCCCAGGAUGCCAAAGAGGGCCAGAAGGAGGAUAAAGAAGUGAUCAGUUACUACAGGUAUCAGCUCAACCUGUUUGCCAGGAUGUGCUUGGAUCGGCAGUAUCUAGCAAUCAACAAAAUUUCCAUUCAGCUGGAUGUCGACUUGAUCUUACGAUGCAUGUCGGAUGAAGACUUGCCCUUUGACCUUCGAGCCUCUUUCUGUCGGCUGAUGCUGCACAUGCACGUGGAUCGGGAUCCACAAGAGCAAGUCACUCCGGUCAAAUAUGCACGGCUUUGGUCUGAGAUCCCGUCAAAAAUCUCCAUAAACGACUACGACAAUGAUGGAACGACCAAAGAUAAUAUUAAGGAGCGAUUCUGGCAGACUAUGGAGUUUGUUGAAAACUACCUCAGGGACGUCGUGUGUCAGAACUUCCCGUUUGCAGACAAAGAAAAGAACAAGCUCACCUCUGAGGUGGUGAAUCUGGCCAGAAAUCUCAUUUAUUUUGGCUUCUACAACUUCAGUGACCUUCUGAGACUAACCAAGAUCCUACUGGCUAUUCUGGAUUGUGUCCAUGUGAGCACUGUUUUCCCGUUCACCAAGCUGGAAAAAGGAGAUGGAGGCAGAGGCAGUAACGUGAUGAGGUCCAUUCAUGGCGUAGGAGAACUGAUGUCCCAGGUAGUCCUGAGAGGAGGCGGAUUCCUUCCUAUAAAUACAAACAGCAGUUCAAAUGGAGACACGGUGAAGACACAGAUUGAGCCUGAGAAGCAAGACAUAUUGGUCAUGGACACUAAACUCAAGAUUAUAGAGAUCCUGCAGUUUAUCCUGAACGUCCGCCUGGACUACAGGAUCUCCUGUCUUCUGUCGAUCUUUAAAAGGGAGUUUGAUGAAAGUACUUCCCAGAACGAGUUAUCUAUAAGUGGAUCAGUAGAAGGGCCAAAUAAUAUCCCAGGAGCUUUGGAUUUUGAAAACAUAGAGGAGCAGGCGGAGGCGAUCUUUGGUGGAAGUGAGGAGAAUACACCUCUCGACUUGGACGAUCAUGGUGGUCGAACCUUCUUAAGGGUCUUGCUCCACUUAACCAUGCAUGAGUAUCCUCCGCUGGUCUCCAGAGCCCUGCAGCUGCUCUUCAGGCAUUUCAGCCAAAGGCAGGAGGUCCUGCAGGCAUUCAAACAGGUGCAGUUACUGGUCACCAGCCAAGAUGUGGACAAUUAUAAGCAGAUAAAGGAAGAUCUGGACAAGCUGCGGUCUAUAGUUGAGAAAUCUGAGCUGUGGGUGUACAAGAGGCAGGGACCAGAUGAGGGCAUGGAUGGAGGAGAGGGGAUGCCAGCUGAACCAGAAUCUCAAAAGGACGCAACCGCCACAGACAAACCAAGGAAGGCAGAAAGUGCCAGCAGCAAAAACUACAGGGUGAUAAAAGAGGUCCUGCUUCGACUCAGCAGAUUGUGCAUCCAAGAAGGUUUGUCGGGUAGAAAGAGCCGAAAACAGCAGCAGAGGCUGCUAAGAAACAUGGGGGCUCAUGCUGUGGUUCUGGAGCUGCUGCAGAUACCUUAUGAAAAAGGAGAAGAUGUACGCAUGCAGGACAACAUGAAACUAGCCCAUCAGUUUCUGCAGAACUUCUGUGCAGGAAAUCAGCAGAACCAGGCCCUGCUCCAUAAACACAUCAAUCUUUUCCUCAAUCCAGGGAUCUUAGAAGCCGUCACCAUGCAGCACAUCUUCAUGAACAACUUCCAGCUGUGUAGCGAGAUCAACGAUCGCGUGGUUCAGCACUUCGUCCACUGUAUUGAAACGCACGGCCGCAACGUGCAGUACCUCAAAUUCUUACAGACGAUCGUCAAGGCGGAGAACAAGUUCAUCAAAAAGUGUCAGGACAUCGUCAUGGCAGAGCUGGUGAAUGCAGGAGAAGAUGUUCUGGUCUUCUACAACGAUCGGGCCUCCUUCCACACUUUGGUCAACAUGAUGCGGUCGGAGCGAGAUCGGAUGGAUGAGAACAGCCCGCUCAGGUACCACAUACACCUGGUGGAGCUGUUGGCCGUCUGCACUGAGGGCAAGAACGUCUACACUGAGAUAAAAUGCAACUCCCUGUUACCGCUGGACGACAUAGUGAGGGUCGUAACCCAUGAUGACUGCAUCCCUGAGAUCAAGAUUGCAUACAUCAACUUUCUGAACCACUGCUAUGUGGACACUGAGGUGGAAAUGAAGGAGAUCUACACCUCCAACCACAUGUGGAAGCUCUUUGAUAACUUUCUGGUUGACAUGUGCAGAGUGUGCAACAAUACGAGCGACCGAAAGCAUGCAGACCACGUUCUGGAGCGCUACGUGACUGAGACGGUUAUGAGCAUCAUAACUACUUUCUUCAGUUCUCCUUUCUCUGACCAGAGUACAAGCCUGCAGGAUAAACGUCUGAAGACAAGUUUGCAGACCAGACAGCCUGUCUUUGUGCAGCUGCUGCAGGCAGUCUUCAGGGUCUACCAUUGCUACUGGUUGGGCUCAGGCCAGAAGGGCUCUGUUGAAACCUGUAUUAAGGUGCUCUCUGAUGUUGCCAAAAGCAGAGCCAUAGCCAUCCCAGUGGACCUGGACAACCAGGUGAACAACCUAUUUGUGAAAUCCAACAACAUCGUGCACAGAACCGCCAUUAGCUGGAGGCUUUCUGUUCGCAACUCAAACCUGUCAGCUCGCAGAGAAUCGGUGGUGACCGUGUCGAGAGACUACAGGAACAUUAUUGAGAGGCUGCAGGACAUUGUAUCAGCUCUUGAGGACCGCCUGCGUCCACUGGUCCAGGCUGAGCUGUCCGUCCUGGUGGAUGUGCUGCAUCGGCCCGAGCUGCUCUUCCCUGAGAACACCGACUCACGCAAGAAAUGUGAAAGCGGAGGGUUUAUAUGCAAGCUGAUCAAACAUACCAAACAACUGCUGGAAGAAAACGAAGAGAAACUGUGCAUCAAAGUUCUGCAAACUCUUAGAGAGAUGAUGACAAAGGACCGAGGUUAUGGAGAGAAGCUCAGGGCCUUUGAUGAUGAGAUGGAAAUGCCUAAGAAGCUGGAUCAGAACGUGCCUCCGAAACUGUUGGCAGACCAGAGAAGGGGCGAGGCGCUGAGACAGAUUCUGGUGAGCCGUUACUAUGGAAACUUUCAUCGGAGCAGUGGGCGGAGGGACAGCCUGACGUCAUUUGGCAGUGGCCCCCUCAGUCCGGUAGGACCGGGUAGGAGUCAAUCAGCUUUAGGGGGUCCUGGCGGCCUCAGUCGGGGGGAGAUGACUCUGUCAGAGGUUCAGUGUCAUCUGGACAAAGAAGGAGCUUCUGAUCUCGUUAUUGAUCUAAUUAUGAACACUACCAGUGAUAGAGUCUUCCAAGAAAGCAUACUCUUGGCCAUUGCAUUACUGGAAGGAGGAAACACAAUUAUCCAGCGCUCUUUCUUUUGCCGUCUGACCGAUGAUAAGAACUCAGAGAAGUUCUUUCGGGUUUUCCACGACCGUAUGAAGUCGGCUCAGCAGGAAAUCAAAGCGACUGUGACGGUAAACACGAGCGAUUUAGGAAACAAGAGAAGAGACGAAGACAACCAAGACAGAGAUGCCCCUGUUCGCAAAAAAGCCCGAGAUUCAGCUGUGUCAAUGACAGAAGAUGUGAAAGAGCAGUUGAUAGAGGCCUCAUCUGCCACCAAGAAGGCGUUCAACUCUUACCGGCGGGAAGUUGACCCAGAGGACCACAGUUCCUCAACAGAGGGGCUGCCCAGCGCUGGGGCCAAGAACCAGGAGGAAAAGAUGAGCUUUGUGGUCGUUAUCAUGCAGCCGAUUCUUCGCUUCCUGCAGCUGCUUUGUGAGAACCACAACCGUGACCUGCAGAACUUCCUUCGUAAUCAGAACAAAAAGAACAACUACAACUUGGUCUGUGAGACCUUGCAGUUCUUGGACUGCAUCUGUGGAAGCACCACCGGAGGCCUGGGCCUGCUGGGGCUGUACAUCAACGAGGACAACGUUGCCCUCAUCAACCAAACCCUGGAGAGCCUGACGGAGUAUUGCCAAGGCCCCUGUCAUGAAAACCAGAAUUGUAUAGCAACUCAUGAAUCCAAUGGUAUUGACAUCAUUAUUGCACUGAUUCUGAAUGACAUCAACCCGCUUGGAAAGAAACGGAUGGAUCUGGUGUUAGAACUCAAGAACAACGCCUCCAAGUUGCUGCUCGCCAUCAUGGAGAGCCGACAUGACAGUGAGAACGCAGAGAGGAUCCUGUACAACAUGAAGCCGAAAGAGCUGGUGGAGGUAAUAAAGAAGGCCUAUCUUCAGGGUGAGGUAGAGUUUAUGGACAUAAAUGAGGAAGAGGAUAUUGGAAAUGAAGAGGAACAUGAUGCUGCUUCACCUCGAAACGUUGGACACAACAUUUAUAUUCUGGCUCACCAGUUGGCACGCCAUAAUAAAGAACUUUCCAUGAUGUUAAAACCUGGAGGUGGCAGCGGAGAUGGAGACGAGGCCUUAGAGUUUUACGCCAAGCAUACUGCUCAGAUAGAGAUUGUGCGUCAGGAUCGCACCAUGGAGGAGAUAGUGUUCCCCGUACCCAACAUCUGUGAGUUCCUGACCUCGGAGUCGAAGCUGCGGGUCUACUACACAACUGAGAGAGACGAGCAGGGCAGCAAGAUUAAUGACUUCUUCUUGCGAGCAGAAGAUCUUUUUAAUGAGAUGAACUGGCAGAAGAAGCUGAGAGCCAAGCCAGUGCUGUACUGGUGCUCCAGAAACAUGUCAGUGUGGAGCAACAUCGCCUUUAAACUGGCCUUGCUCAUGAACCUGCUGGUCUGCUUCUUCUACCCCCUGGAGGGGGUACAUGGAGGAAUCUUGGAGCCCCAUCUGUCUGCACUGCUGUGGAUGGGAUUCUUUGCAGCACUGGUCCUUGUUUUGCUCAUGCCGAAGCCUCUGGGUAUCUUAGCCCUGGUUGCUGUCACAAUCCUCCGUCUUAUCUUCUCUGUGGGCCUGGAGCCUACGCUCUUCCUGUUGGGUGCUUUCAAUGUUUGUAAUAAAAUUAUCUUCCUGAUAAGCUUUGUUGGAAACCGAGGGACUUUCACACGAGGAUACAAAGCCAUGGUGAUGGACUUCGAGUUCCUCUAUCAUCUCCUCUACCUCAUCAUCUGCUGCCUGGGAGUGUUUGGUCAUGUCUUCUUCUACAGCCUGCUGCUUUUUGACCUGGUAUACAGAGAAGAGACCCUGCUGAAUGUGAUCAAGAGCGUGACCCGAAACGGACGCUCCAUCGUUUUGACGGCUGUUCUUGCGCUCAUCCUGGUCUACCUGUUCUCCAUCGUCGGCUACAUCUUCUUCAAAGAUGACUUCAUCUUAGAGGUGGACCGUAUUGCCAACACAACCCAAAAAAGUGGAGCCAGUCUCCCUGGAGAGUAUCUGAACACAGGACUGUGUCAAGGAGGCCUUAAUGAGAACUGCAGCAACAAUGCUCAGCAGGAAGAGUUUGGGAUCGACAGCGAGGAUGAAAACGACAUGGAGCGGACGUGCGAUUCUCUACUCAUGUGUAUAGUUACGGUGCUGAGUCAUGGCUUGAGGAGCGGAGGAGGUGUGGGAGAUGUUCUCCGCAAGCCUUCUAAGGAGGAGCCACUGUUUGCAGCCAGAGUGAUUUAUGACCUGCUCUUCUUCUUCAUGGUCAUCAUCAUCGUCCUCAACCUCAUCUUUGGUGUCAUCAUCGACACCUUUGCCGACUUGAGAAGUGAAAAACAGAAGAAAGAAGAAAUUUUGAAAACUACCUGCUUCAUCUGUGGUUUGGAGCGUGACAAGUUUGACAACAAGACAGUGACGUUUGAAGAGCACAUCAAAGAGGAGCACAACAUGUGGCACUACCUGUACUUCAUAGUGUUGGUGAAAGUGAAAGAUUCCACAGAAUACACAGGGCCCGAGAGCUACGUGGCAGAAAUGAUCAAGGAGCACAACCUGGACUGGUUUCCUCGGAUGCGCGCCAUGUCCCUGGUGAGCAGCGACUCAGAAGGGGAGCAGAAUGAAAUCAGGAACCUGCAGGAGAAGCUGGAGUCGACCAUGAGACUAGUAGUCAACCUGUCUGGACAGCUGACAGAGCUCAAGGAGCAGAUGACAGAGCAGAGGAAGCAAAAACAACGACUGGGACUUCUGGGUCAUCCCCCACAUCUGAACAUUAAUCCCCAGCAGCCUGCCUGAUUUCCCUGGAGGGGAGUCCACCUAUCACCAGUGCCUCAGCACUGCCUGGCAGGGCAACGUGUCCAACUGCUUCAGGUGGAUUUCUGACUUUAUGAUUCACCUGACCCUCAUAAAAUACUUGUUCUUCAGCAGACGUGCUUGUAUCUAUGUAAGGUGAAAGUUGUUACCCUCAGCAGCGUGUGAGUGUCUGGAGAUCUGCGAAGUCAAUCCUGUGAGGCAAAGAAAUGAACAUGUUGAUCUGAGCUUUAGGACCCUGAAUGUUUUGUGCCUUUUGUUCCUCCUGAAAGCCAAAGUUCAGUCACAUUGUUGCUGGAGGAGAUUUUCUCGUCAAGUGUCCUUUUGUCGAGGAUCAAGUCUUCAGUGUUGCACCAGCGCUCAGGCCAUACUUUGAUUUGAAGAUUUGUUUCACCACGUUAUUGAAUAAUUGGUUUCAUCUGAUGGCAAUAGGUUUAUAUGAUAUGCAAUAUGUAAACAAAGAUGAAUUAUUUUGGAGUUACUUGAGAGCUUAUUUUGUAUUUAAAACAUGAAUACAAGACAAUCACAAUAGCUUACCUAUACUGUGGCUUUUUUUAUUAUAUAAACUCUUUUUUUUUCCUUUUUAAUCUCAAGGUAAUUUUUUAUCACUUUCUGAACUCCCUGUUAUCUCUAACUGAGGCCUUGCUUGGUGUUGUGCAGUUCAGAUUGAAACGUUUUGUAAAGAAAAAUUACUUCGACUUCUUAAAACCUGUCCAUAGCUUUAACUUUAAAUUAUGUCUGGUGCAAACAUCCAUGGAGGGACGGUGAAAAUCCUAACAAAUAUCUCUAUGUUGUGAUUAUUAAAGGGGGCUUUAUAGAAGCCAGUAAAACACAAACCUUCGUGUGUCUACACUGAAUUAUGUAUCUCUUUUUUUUACUAUUUAGUCCAAAACACUGAUAUUUUUGUAGCACACAACUACUUUGUAAAACAUCCUCAUGAAAAUGCCUUCUUGAGUGUUUGAGUGUGUAUGAGGUCACUUGGUGUGCGGCUUGACCAAACUAAGCUUUUCUACUAAUUGACGGUUUGUGUCUGAAUUGUACAUUCCUGGAGUUUAUUUAAAUAAAGAAAGUGUGUAAAAUA